CUGUGUCGCAUCCUAGUCUAGUCAUUUUCGUGCCUUUUUCUGACUGAUUGACUGACUGACUGACCCCGGUCCAGGAAAAAGCAUUGGCACUUAUUUAUCGGGGCAGGUGUCUUUUUCUUGUCUUGUCUUUCUUGGUUGUUCAUUUCCGAUGAUAAUCUCAUCCACAUUCACUCUCACAUCCACUUCAGACAAGCUUCUCACUUGUUCAUCAUUUUUGCUUGGUCUUACAUCACACACACACACACACCAGAUUAUUAUUAUUAUUAUUAUCAUCACCAUCACGAUUAUCAUUACCCAUACUCCAAAUAUCUUUUCGUAUAAUCCAAAUAAAAACCCAAACACAGAAUGGUAGCCAUCACCGCCCGCGACCGACCCAAAACCGACUACGAGCGAUGGCUGGAACUCCAAGGCUCCGGCUCCGGCUCCAACGACAACGCAGCUGGCAGCGAUGAAAAGAAAUACCAUCCUCCUGGCCCUCUACCUAUUCCGGAACAUGGUGGUCAAGAUGCACAUGCAAAAGCAGAUGAUGAUAAUAAGCAUAAAUACACUCCUCACGGCACAUUUCUCCAUCAUGGGUAUCAUCAUGAACGGCCUGGUGCGUCAGCCGACAACAACGACAAUCAUCCACAUCAUGCACUACUACCACAUCAUCGCUUGGAUAGAUCGUUCCCUGGUGACUAUGGAGGUGUUGCGAUGAAGUUGGCGCUGCUGGUACUGGUGGUAUUGGGGAUACUGCGUGCGGUGCGGUUUGUUCGAGGCCGACGACAUCAACCUAUUCGGUUACAGAGUCCGAGGACGGUGCAGGGUGGGUUUGGGGGGAGGGAAGAGGGGGGCAAGAGGAAUUUGGUUUGA